CCAGAAGAGAAGAUCCAUUGAUCGAUCGGAAACGGAGAUGGAGCUGCUGUCCGAUUGCCCCGUGCGCACCUCCGUGCCGGACAAGUACGUGUUGCCCCCGGAGAAGCGCCCUUCGCUCCUCAACGACGAGCCCAGCUCCGAUGUCGCCAUACCGGUCAUCGACCUCCACCGCGCCGCCGACGACCGCCCGCGCCACCUGAUCGUCGCCGAGAUCAUCAAGGCCUGCAAGGAGUUCGGCAUCUUCCAGGUGGUGAACCACGGCGUGGCGGAGGACGUGGUGCAGGGGUUCCGGGAGGCGGCGGCGGGGUUCUUCGGGAUGCCGGCGGAGGAGAAGCUGCCGUACCGCUCCGAUGACCUGAGCAAGCACUUCCGCGUGUCCUCCAGCACCCCCUAUGACCGGAACGGGGACCGCUAUUGGCUCGACUACCUCAAGAUCAACUGCCACCCGGUCACCGACGAGCACGUCCGAGAGUGGCCGGAAAAGCCGGCAAGCUUCAGGAGCUCCCUCGCCGAGUACUCCGCGGCGGUGCACGAGCUUGCACAGACGCUGCUCCGGCUCAUCGCAGAGGGGCUCGGCCUCGACGGUGGAUUCUUCGCCGGCGACCUCAGCGGCGGCAGCACCCAGAUGAACGUCAACUACUACCCGCCGUGCCCGGACCCAAGCCUCACGCUGGGCCUCCUCCCGCACUGUGACCGCCACCUCCUCACCGUGCUCUCGCAGGGCGACGUCGCCGGGCUGCAGGCAAGGCACGGCGGGGGGUGGCUCCUCGUCCGCCCGAUCCCAGGCUCCUUCGUCGUCAACCUGGGCCACCAGAUGGAGAUCAUCACCAACGGGCUCCUGGCCAGCGUGGAGCACCGCGCCGUGACGAACACCGCCGCGGUGAGGCUGUCGGUGGUGACCCUCAUCAUGCCCAAGAUGGAGUGCCGCAUCGGGCCGGCCCCGGAGAUGGUGAACGAGGCGACGGGACCGGCGAAGUUCAAGGAGUUCGAGUUCAGCGAGUUCAUCAAGGCCUACAGCGCCGCCGCCGCCAGCAGGGAGGACGUGCUCCACUACUUCAGGAUCCACCGCUAGCUAGCUCAGGCGCAGCGCGAAACGAGGACCCGUCGCGCGUGCGUGCGUGGGCAAGACCGAAGAGCACAGGGUUGGGAGCCCUUUACCUCUGCAGUUUGGUUAAAAGUCGCUGUGAAA